AUGGCGCUCUCAGGCUUUAUCAUUGCCUUCUGCUACGGCUGGGAGCUCGCGCUUAUCUUCUUUGCAUUUACGCCGCUCAUCGCUGCGAGCGGCUGCUUCAUGAUCAAGGCGAUCGCGUCGCCGACGCAAGGCGACAUCGAGUCGUACGCUGAAGCCGGUGGUGUCGCCGAAGUGUCGCUCAGCAACAUCCGCACCUACAAUACCGCCCUGCGCAAGACCGACGUCGCCGGCGUCAAGAAGGGCAUUGCGGUCGACCUCGGCACGGGCGGCAUGUUGUUUGUCGUCUUCUGCAGGUACGCGGUCGGCAUGUACUACGGCGCGGUCAAGAUCACGAACGACCAGAUCACCGACAAGUGUGUUGGCAGCGGCUACUACGAUGGUGGCCGCGUCGUCACGAGCUCCAUGGUGCAUGGCCAGGCCGGCCCGAGCGCGCAGGCCAUGUUCUCUGCCCGGUCUGAGGCCUACGACGUCUUUGAGCUCAUCGAGCGCGAGUUCACGAUCGACGCCAGCUCGGACGAUGCCGGCGCCAUCCUGCCGACCGUCUAA